GUGAGCGGCGGGGAGGCUGCGUGGAAGGGGCAGGUGAAGAAAUGCCAGUAAUACCUCACAAGUCAUCCCUCCUUCAUGGUGGAGGAGAAAUGGGUCCUGUGCGACCAGAUCAGGGCUUGGUGCUCUUCAAAGAGGUGGCCGUGUAUUUCACCAAGGAGGAGUGGUCUCUGCUGGAUCCGAGACAAAGGACUCUGCAUGAGCAAGUUAUGAUGGAAAACUUUGCAAACGUGGCAUAUCUGGCGAACUGUGAUGUGCCAGGGAGCAAGGCAGAAGAUGGACAGGGAGUAUUCUUAGAAAGAGCAAGUCAUGAAGAACGAAAAGAGCAGAGAAUAAAUCCUCAUUUGAAAAUCCACACAGCAGAGAAGCAACAGAAAUGUACAACUAGCAGUAAAAGUUUCUACGAUAAAGCUACCCUGAAAAAACAUCUGAGGAUCCACACGGAGAAGAAAGCAUUUCGAAGUUUGGAGUGCAGAGAGGCCAUCUGUUGGCGUGAUGAUCUUUCUUCACAUCAAAGGAUUCAUACAGGGGAGAAACCAUUUAAAUGCUUGGAGUGUCAAAAGAGCUUCACUCAGAAUGUACAACUUACAGAACAUCAACGUAUCCACACAGAGGAGAAGUCAUUGAAAUGUCUGGAAUGUGGAAAGGCUUUCCGUUACAGUAGUUUACUUACCAUUCAUCAAAGAAUGCACACCGAGGAGAAGCCAUUUAAAUGCCUGGAGUGUGGAAUGGUCUUCAAUUAUAGUAGUAAUCUUACUUCACAUCAAAGAACCCACACAGGUGAGAAGCCAUUUAAAUGCCUGGAAUGUGGAAAGGCCUUCCACCGUAGUAAUAAUCUUAUUUCACAUCAAAGAAUCCACACAGGUGAGAAGCCAUUUAAAUGCCUGGAGUGUGGAAAGGCCUUCCGUGAGAGAGAUAAACUUUAUAGACAUCAAAGAAUCCACACAGGUGAGAAGCCAUUUAAAUGCCUGGAAUGUGGAAAGGCUUUCAUUUGUAGUGGUUCACUUAUCUCUCAUCAAAGUGUCCACACAGGGGAGAAGCCAUUUAAAUGCCUGGACUGUGGGAAGGCCUUCCAUCAUAGUAAAAAUCUUAUUUCACAUCAAAGAACCCACACAGGGGAGAAGCCAUUUAAAUGCCUGGAGUGUGGAAAGAUAUUUGCUAGGAAUCAUGGUCUUACUGCACAUCAAAGGAUACACACAGGGGAGAAGCCAUUUAAAUGCCUGAAGUGUGAAAAGAGGUUUGCUUGGAGUUUUAGUCUUACUGCACAUCAAAGGAUGCACACUGGGGAGAAGCCAUUUAAAUGCCUGCAGUGUGGAAAGCAUUACCGUCAGAGUGGACACCUUACUGAACAUCAAAGGCUCCACACAGGGGAGAAGCCAUUUAAAUGCACUGAGUGUGGAAUGGCUUUCCGUUGCAGUUCUUCACUUACCACCCAUCGAACUCUCCAUACAGGGGAGAAGCCAUUUAAAUGUCUUGAGUGUGGAAAGGCCUUCCGUUGCAGUGCUACACUUACCAUCCAUCGAAGAAUCCACACAGGGGAGAAGCCAUUUAAAUGCCUAGAGUGUGGAAAGGCCUUCCAUUGCAGUGGUUCACUUGUCAACCAUCGAAGAAUCCACACUGGAGAGAAGCCAUUUAAAUGCCUGGAGUGUGGAAAGGCCUUCCGUCGGAGUGGAGAACUUACUAAACAUCAAAGAAUUCACACAGGAGAGACGCCGUUUAAAUGCCUGGAAUGCGGAAAGGCUUUCAAUUGGAGUAGUCACCUUACUGCACAUCAAAGAACUCACACAGGAGAGAAGCCUUUUAAAUGCCUGGAGUGUGGAAAGGCCUUCCGUUGGAGUGGAGAACUUACUAAACAUCAAAGGAUUCACACAGGAGAGAAGCCAUUUACAUGCCUGGAGUGUGGAAAGAGCUUCACUCAGAGUGGAGCACUUAGUAAACAUCAAAGAACUCACACAGGAGAGAAGCCAUUUAAAUGCCUGGAGUGUGGAAAGAGCUUCACUCUGAAUGGAGUACUUACUAACCAUCAAAGGAUUCACACAGGAGAGAAGCCAUUUACAUGCCUGGAGUGCGGAAAGGCUUUCAGUCAGAGUAGUAAUCUUACUGCACAUCAAAGAACUCACACAGGGGUGAAGCCAUUUAAAUGCCUGGAGUGUGGAAAGGCCUUCCAUUGGAGUGGAGAACUUACUUCACAUCAAAGAAUUCACACAGGGGAGAAGCCAUUUAAAUGCCUGGAGUGUGGAAAGGCCUUCCGUCGGAGUGAUAAACUUACUAAACAUCAAAGGAUUCACACAGGAGAGAAGCCAUUUACAUGCCUGGAGUGCGGAAAGGCUUUCAAUCUGAGUAGUAAUCUUACUGCACAUCAAAGAAUUCACACAGGGGUGAAGCCAUUUAAAUGCCUGGAGUGUGGAAAGGCCUUCCGUUGGAGUGGAGAACUUACUUCACAUCAAAGAAUUCACACAGGGGAGAAGCCAUUUAAAUGCCUGGAGUGUGGAAAGGCCUUCCGUCGGAGUGAUAAACUUACUAAACAUCAAAGGAUUCACACAGGAGAGAAGCCAUUUACAUGCCUGGAGUGCGGAAAGGCUUUCAGUUGGAGUAGUAAUCUUACUGCACAUCAAAGAACUCACACAGGAGAGAAGCCUUUUAAAUGCCUGGAGUGCGGAAAGGCUUUCAAUCGGAGUAGUGAUCUUACUGCACAUCAAAGAACUCACACAGGAGAGAAGCCUUUUAAAUGCCUGGAGUGCGGAAAGGCUUUCAAUCGGAGUAGUACUCUUACUGCACAUCAAAGAACUCACACAGGAGAGACGCCAUUGAAAUGCCUGGAGUGCGGAAAGGCUUUCAAUUGGAGUAGUAAUGUUACUGCACAGCAAAGAAUUCACCCAGGAGAGAAGCCAUUUAAAUGCCUGAAGUGUGAAAAGGCCUUCCGUUGGUGUGGAGAACUUACUAAAUGUCAAAGAACUCACACAAGAGAUAAGCCAUUUAAAUGCCUGGAAUGUGGAAAGGCCUUCCGUUGGAGUGGAGAACUUACUAAACAUCAAAGGAUUCACACAGGAGAGAAGCCAUUUACAUGCCUGGAGUGCGGAAAGGCUUUCAAUCGGAGUAGUCAUCUUACUGCACAUCAAAGAACUCACACAGGAGAGAAGCCUUUUAAAUGCCUGGAGUGCGGAAAGGCUUUCAAUCAGAGUAGUAAUCUUACUGCACAUCAAAGAACUCACACAGGAGAGAAGCCUUUUAAAUGCCUGGAGUGUGGAAAGGCCUUCCGUCGGAGUGGAGAACUUACUGCACAUCAAAGAAUUCACACAGGAGAGAAGCCAUUUAAAUGCCUGGAGUGUGGAAAGGCCUUCUUUUGGAGUGGAGAACUUACUAAACAUCAAAGGAUUCACACAGGAGAGAAGCCAUUUACAUGCCUGGAGUGUGGAAAGAGCUUCACUCAGAAUGGAGUACUUACUAAACAUCAAAGAAUCCACACAGGAGAGAAGCCAUUUAAAUGCCUGGAGUGCGGAAAGGCCUUCGAUCGGAGUAGUCAUCUUACUUCACAUCAAAGAAUCCACACAGGGGAAGCCAUGUAAAGGCCUGCAGUGUGAAAAAGCUUUCAGUCCCGUUAUGUACCACGACCUCUCAAAGCAUUCGCAUGGAAACAAAACCAUUUAAAUGCUUGCAGUGUGAAAAAUCCUUCUGUGAUAAUUCCACGUCAAAAAAUUCACACAGGAGAUGAGCCAUUUCAAUGCCUGGAGUGUGGAAAGAAAUUCACUCAGAAUGGACAAAUUACUUUGCAUCAUUGAAUGUACACACAGGACAAAGCAGAGUGUCAUUGUGAUUUAACAAUGGGGAGUCAGAAAUUUAUAUACCGCCCAACUGGCAGAUGCCAUCAACCUACUUUGAAACCAUGAAAUAAACCCUCAAAGGAAUAAUACAGGAACAGCCAAGACAAUCGACCCAACAAUUAAUAAAUGAACAUACUGAAACGUUAAAAAAUAUUAAAGCAAUUAUUAAGUAGUUAAGAAUAUGUUUUUUUAAUUUUUUAUUGAGUUUUCCAAAGAUGCAGAGAAAGCAAAAACAAAACACUAUUCCAAGGUGUUAUAUUAAUUUAUCCUAUUCCAUUAAUUUAGAAUCUUCUUUUCAUGAAUCCCACAAAUUUCUAUAAGCUGCUUAAGCUUUUUCCAAUGUUAUUCUGUUUGAUUCUGUUUUCAUAUAGCCUAUGUGUUUCUGCCAGUCCUUCUUAAAAGUAUCUCUUUUCUUAUGCUAUUUUUUUCUGACCUAAAAAAAUGGAAGGAAAUGUUUAAGAUCUGAAGAAUGAUAUAUAUGUUUUGUAAUAGAUAUGUAUUGUGAUAGUGAUAAUAUCAAAGUGAACCGCCCAGAGAGCUCUGGCUAUUGGGCGGUAUAGAAAUGUAAUAAAUAAAUAAAUAAAUAAUAGGUU